CCUGAAUCCUUCCUUCCCUCCCGUCCUUCUCUUACUCAGCCUUUACGCCAACACAAACAAUAUAAACUACCCACCAACUCAUUCGAUCGACCAGUCUCUCCAACUAGUCGAUUAGCACUUCGUCAUUUUUAAUCAUCAGCGUUAGUCAUGAAUACCCUCAGACCUUUGCGCGGUGGUUGCCAGUGCGGUCGAAACCGGUACAUUAUUGCUGUCCCGCAGGACGGCAUCAACGAGGCACAGGUCCUCUUCAACACCGAUUCUGCGCAUCAGACAUCCCUUGCGACACCACUGGCUGCCUACAUCCGAGUUCCCUUGUCGUGGUACCACAGCACCACCUACUCUUUCUUUCCUGACGAGACACAUGCUUUGAUCCGACGUGUUUACACACACCCUAGCCAAGAACACUCGAAACGUCACUUUUGCGGUUACUGUGGCACGCCCCUGUCGUACUGGUCUGAAAACCCCCAGACCGAAGCCGAUUUUAUCAACCUCACGCUCGGCAGCUUGCUGAGGGAAGAUCUGCGAGACCUUGAGGACAUGGGAUUGAUCCCCGAAGAGGAAGACAGCAGGAAUCUAACUACACAGGCAUCGGAUGUUGUGGGCAGGAACACAGCACUGCGCCAAUCGUACGGGGUACCUUGGUUCGAUGGUAUGGUCGAAGGAACACGCCUAGGAAACAUGCGCCGAAGCCAAGGCGUCAAACAAUCGCAAGAUGGUCGAGUCAAGGUCGAGUGGGAGAUUGUGGAAUACUCAGGCAACGGCGACGAACCUAAGGGAUCUCCACGACAUGAUAUCGAUGUGGAAAUGUCAGUCACUGGAAAGCGGAAGAUGAAGGACCGCGACGAUCCAGACGCAGCUACUGGUGGGAACUAAAACGCAACAUUGAGUAGAUUCGGAAGGGGGUGGAGUCUGCUGUAAUAUCGAGGAAGCUGGCGACUGUUGAUCAACACAUGCAGAAGGGGAUUAAUGACGAGGACUUUUGCUGGAAUCCUGGCAACGAGCUCCUCUUUUGUCGAUAAGCGCAUAGGCGAGGAGGCAUUUUUGUUUUAUCAAGUCGCUCUUUAGAGACAGUUGACGUAGCCUCAACAGUGAUAUCAGAUAGCUUGUCAAAAUUGUACGUACCCAACGAUUGUG